CACUCAGAAUCUUGUAUUUUUAUUUUUGUUUCGUAAGUUUCGUAACAUUGUUUAGUGUUUUGUAAAGAAUAUUCAUUUUAAGCGUACAGUGCAGUGUUAUUAUUUAAUAAUUUAAGUCUCACAAUGUCUUUGUUAUGAUUUCAAUCAGUGAUUAUAAUCGACAGGAAGUGUUUUAGUGUCUAUUUGUUUUUCAUUUUUUGUGCUAAUAAUUGAAUACAAUGGCUGAAAAAAAAAUCCAAGAAAACCCUCUACCAGAGGAGCAAUCAGAGGCAGCUGAUAAACCAAAAGAGCCUGCACCGGACAAGCCAACAACAGUCCCCGUACCAAUCCCAGUGGAGCCUGUGAUAGUGAGACCGUCCGUGCCUUCGUUUACGAAGACUCCGCCCAAUGAUUUGUAUAGGCGGUUGCUACCAGCCGUGCUUUUUGUGCUGACGUUUGUUACUGUGAUGACGAUGCUGCUUAUCUACAUGGACAAUGCUGCGCUGGGAGCGCAGCAGUUCCGUCUGAACAUGACGCGCGACUACGAGCUGGCGCGCAUCCCGCAGGAGUCGGCGGCGCUGGUGGCGUACGUGCGCCAGCUGCACCUGCAGCCGCGGCCGCGCGCGCCGCCCGCCGCGCCGCCCGCCUCGCCGCGCGCGGACCUCGUCACACGCCUCGUUGGGGACACUCAAAACGGAACAUUCGUAGAAUUCCUUCCGCGAGGUCCACGGGACCCCACCACGCUUUAUCUGGAGAGCAGCCGAGGCUGGGAAGGCGUGGUGGUUCGGGCUGCGGCCAGGGACUACUUAGCGCUUAGGGGCGGAGCCCGAGCGCUGCACGCCUGUCUGAGCCCCACUGUGCAUCCUAGAGAGGUGACAUACCAGUCCCCAGACAGCCAUUCAGCAAUGUUUUCAUCCCGCGUGCUGUGUCUCCCGCUGUACACCGUCUUACUAGCUGCGGAGGCCACGCACGCUCAAUACGCACUGCUGGGUGGAGACAAAGUGUUGCCAGCCUUAAAACACGUGCCGUUUGGGGACAAAGUGCGACUUCAGGUGAUAGAAUACCGCUCAUCAGACCCGGUGCUCCGCAACCAGACGGCCGAGUUCCUGGCCGCACGGAACUACUCCAUCGCUGCCCAGUACGAAGACGCCGUGAUGUUUGCGCUGCAAGGGGACGCCUAGGAAGGUAGGGGUGGGUUAGUUUGGAAGGGUCGAGUUUGAAGGGUUUUAGGCUGGUUUUAGUGUCACGCGGACUGUCAGUGCGCAUCGCUCCGCACAGUCGAUCUGUAUGAACUGCUAGGGAGCGGAGCGGUUCCUCCGGACCGCAUUACUCUAAAACGCUCCCUAGAAGUUCAUACAGAUUGGCCGUGCGGAGCGGGUCCGCACCGGACGGUCCGCGUGACACUAAAACCAGCCUUACUGAUAAAGGGUGAGAUUGGAGAAGUUUGGAUGGUUUUGGUCGAGUAAAUACAAAUGAGUAGGUCAUCUUCAUAGAAACGCACCGAGCGCGGUUUGUAUGUGAGCGCGCGCCAAUACGUAUGCGGCGCGCACGCACACACUGACAAAAUUUAGCGGGGACAUACAAACCGCGCUCGGUGCGUUUCUAUGAAGAUAACCUACUCAUUUGUAUUUACUCUGGUUUUGCUGAUGAAGCUGAUGAGUUUAGUGAGGUUUGGAUGGUUUUGGUCGAGUUCAGACUGUUUUGGGGAUCAAGGAACACCAAAGUGUCGCCUAGAGUCCACUUUGAUCACCUGGGUGGUCAAAUCCAUGUGAUCAAGGUGAUCACCCAGGUGAUCAAAUCCAUGUGAUCAAGGUGAAUAAACCUUUUGGUCGGGAAGAGACGUCACUGUUGGGUAAUUUGGAUUCGUUCCACUAAAACAGAUAAGACAUUUGGAUAUUUUAAACUCUGCCAUUUAUUUUUGCCAUACCAUUGCUAAUAUAGGUGAAAGUCCGUGGUUUGAAAGUUUGUAAUUAAUGCCGGUCAGGAAAUUCUGCAAAACACUUUGAACUCGACUAAUCUCGCCCACACUCGAGUGAUUAUGGAAUCACUCGAUGAGGCUGUUUGGGUGGCCAAACAGCCUCAUCCUUUGAAGAACACGACGUUGCCUUUACGAAUAUUCCUCUACACGUUUAUACAACUUGUUACACAGCUCACGUUGAGCCAUAUUGCUCUUGUAUGCUUAAGACAUCCUUGAUAAUUUGGCUAGAAACGGUUACAAGACAAUGUUAGGUUUACUCUGCAAAACAUGACAUAAAAUCAUUUGUAAUUCGAGUGUGGUUUGGAAAGUUAUUAAACGAACUAUUAUAUCAUAAUAAAGUUAUUUUACUCGACGAAGCUCAUGAAAGUUAUAUUUACCUAUUUUUGCGGGAAUUAAAGUGUUACUAACAAACUCUUUCACACGUUAACAAAAUGUAUUGCAUCAAUUUGGCUGUACCUAUUAUUUCACUCAUUCUGGGAAUGAGAGAG